CAAUCAUGGUGCACUAUUUGAUACGGCCCCACACUUAAAAAAGAAAGCCUCAAACUUGGAAUCUCAUAUGCUAGUCGUCGGUCUUCACGUGCCAAGAACUAGCGGUACAGUACACUGAAUGCUAACCACCAAAGGAGGAGUUAUCCUGUCCCUGUCCACGCACUGAUUAGUCUUCCCACUCACUAUGUAUCGUACGUAAUCUUGCAUUUCUUUUCUUUCCAUCCACAAAAAACCAGAGUCUCGAUCUGCAUCGGCACCAACCACGGCGACGACAUGCGCGCCGACGGCAAGCCCCACGCGGUGUGCGUCCCGUACCCGGCGCAGGGGCACGCCACCCCGAUGAUGAAGCUGGCCAAGGUCCUCCACUCCAGGGGCUUCCACGUCACCUUCGUCUACACCGAGCACAAACACCGGCGCCUUGUCCGCUCCCGCGGCGCCGGCGCCGUCGCGGGCCUCCCGGACUUCCGCUUCGCCACCAUCCCCGACGGCCUGCCGCCGUCCGACCCAGACGCCACCCAGGACCAGGCGUCCAUCUGCCACUCCACCACCACGACCUGCCUCCCCCACCUGAAGAGCCUGCUUGGCGGCCUCAACAACACCGCACCGGGGACGCCGCGGGUGACGUGCGUCGUCGCGGACAGCAUCAUGAGCUUCGCGGUGGACGCCGCUGCGGAGCUCGGCGUGCCGUGCGCGCUGUUCUGGACCGCCAGCGCGUGCGGUUACAUGGGCUAUUACAACUUCCGGUUCCUGGUAGAUCAGGGCCUUACUCCUCUCAAAGGUGAAGAGCAACUGACGAACGGCUACUUGGACACGCCGGUGGCACAGGCUCUCGGGAUGAGCAAGCACAUGCGCCUCCGCGACUUCCCGUCCUUCAUCCGCACGACGGACCCGGACGACAUCCUGCUCAACUUCAUGAUACACGAGCUAGAGCGGGCGAGCCGUGCGGACGCCAUCAUCGUCAACACCUUUGACGAGUUCGAGCAACCGGCACUCGACGCCAUGCGCGCCAUCCUCACCCCGCCAGUCUACACCAUCGGCCCGCUCAACUUUGUUGUGGAGCAGCUAGUCCCCGACGGCGGCGAUGGCAGCGUCCCCCUCGCUGCGAUUCGCCCCAGCCUUUGGAGGGAAGACCGGUCCUGCCUAGAGUGGCUCCGCGGCAGGGAGCCCCAGUCCGUGGUGUACGUCAACUUCGGGAGCAUCACCACCAUGACCAGCCUUGAGCUGGUGGAGUUCGCCUGGGGGCUGGCCAACUGCGGCUACGACUUCCUCUGGAUCGUGAGGAACGACCUGGUGAAGGGUGACGCCGCAGUGCUGCCCCCGGACUUCGUAGAGGCGACCAAGGGCAGGUGUUUCUUGGGGAGCUGGUGCGAGCAGGAGGCGGUGCUGCGGCACGAGGCCGUGGGCAUCUUCCUGACGCACUACGGGUGGAACUCCAUGAUGGAGGGGCUCAGCGCCGGGCUGCCGAUGCUGGGCUGGCCCUUCUUCGCCGAGCAGCAGACCAACUGCCGCUACGCGUGCGUGGAGUGGGGCGUUGGGAUGGAGGUCGGCGACGACGUGCGCCGGGAGGUGGUCGAGGAGAGGAUAAGGAUGGUGAUGGGUGCUGACGAGGUGGGGAAGGAGAUGAGGCGGAAGGCGAUGGAGUGGAAGGAGAUCGCCGUCCGUGCGACGACGCAACCUUGUGGCAGAUCGUUCGCCAACCUUGAGGUUCUGUUCAAGAAUAUACAAGCACCACCGUUGGAUCGUCCUUCUCCCGCGGCCGUGCAAACAGGAUAUCAAUUUUGGGUCUGUCUAUGUCACAUCUAGAUGUGAGAUAUUAUCUCACAUCUAACUCCCUCUCACAUCUAAUUCCCUCGCCUUUGAUUUUUAGGCAUUUAGAGUUCAAAAAAGGUACGAUUUGGACCUGCUCUACAAGCUCUGGAUUUGAAACAUACUUUUCUCUUCCUGGAA